AUGGAUCAACAAAAAUCGAUGACAUGGAAACGAUCCGAUGAACCGACGCCGAAGAAAUUCAAAGUGUCGAGCUCAGCAGGGAAGGUUAUGGCGUCUGUUUUUUGGGACGCUGAAGGAAUAAUCAUGGUGGACUACUUGAAAAAGGGGGCCACUAUUACAGGCUCCUACUAUGCAGAACAAAUAAGAAGAUUGCGGGAAGCUAUUAAGGAGAAAAGGCGAGGCAAACUGCGGUCUGGAAUGCUGUUCCAUCAAGACAACGCACCGGUUCACAAAGCUGCAAUUGCCAUGGCUGCCAUUCAGGAAGCGGGCUUUGAACUGGUAGAACACCCCCCCUAUUCACCAGAUCUAACCCCCAGGGACUUCUAUCUCUUUCCACGACUCAAGGAACACCUCCGGGGCAAGAAAUUUGACGAUGAUAGCGACGUGAUGGCCGCGGUUGAGGACUUUUUUGAGAGUCAAGAUAAAGAUUUUUUUUCUAAGGGAAUUUUAGGUUUAGAAAAGAGAUGGGACUAA